GAAAUUCAGAAACCAAAAACGGCGCAGACUUAUCCAAAACCAUGUCCAGCUUCACUCACACCACCACACUCCUCCAUGCCCAUGUCAAAACCAAACACCAAAACACCAAUCAGUCAUCAUCUUCUUCUUCUUCGUCGGCGUCGUCUUCUUCCGCAAACCAAUCCGCAUUCUCUUCUUCACAGCAAAACCCAACCACCAACAGAAGGAAACUGGUUUCAACCUUCUUGGCCACUUCAAUGGCAGCACUUGCAGGAGCUCAUGCGCAGCCCCAAGCCUUGGCCCAGAACUGGGGGACCCGUUCCUUCCUCCGUGAGCACUUCUUCGAGCCGGGGCUGUCGCCGGAGGACUCUGUGGCAAGGAUAAAGCAGACGGCGGAGGGGCUGCACAGCAUGAGAGAGAUGCUGGAGAACAUGUCGUGGAGGUAUGUCAUUUUCUACAUUCGCCUGAAACAGGCCUAUCUUGAUCAGGAUUUGAAAACCGCCAUGGCCACCUUGCCCCAAGGUCUCCGAAAGGACUAUGUUAAGGUUGCCAAUGAGUUGGUCGACAACAUGGCCGAGCUUGAUCGAUAUGUUCGCUCGCCAAAGGUAUAUGAAUCGUACCUGUACUACGAGAGGACUUUAAAGUCAAUAGAUGAUCUUGUGGCUAUGUUAGCCUAGCACUGAUAAUCUCUGUGACCGAUCCAGCAAGGAUUCUUUAAUUUUGUGGCAAAACAAGCUAAGCGUGCUCAAAUCAUCGUAUGUUUUGCAAUUCAUGUAGAAUAUAAUAUAUACGUACGUGCAUGAUAUAUCAGAUUUCUAUAGCCUCCUCAAGUGUGCCUACAAGUUUUUUUUACCCUUUUUUGGCCAGAAUAUGGACGAGCUUUUCGUUUAUAUCAGAGGAUGAUUGUGAGAGUCCUAUGGAUGACAUGGACGAUUAAGAUAUCUUGAUUUUCAUUGUUA